AUGACUGAUCCCAGGAAGCUGAGCCUUCAGGUGGUGCUGGUCCUCCUGUGUGUCUCCCAGCUGACCACAGGCUUGAAGUGUGCGUGCCCGCUGUGCGCCAACCACACCUGUGAGACGGCCGCGGACGGGGCCUGCUGGAACUCUGUGAUGCUGAUUGAUGGGAAGGAGGAGACGGUCAAGUCCUGCCUGUCCCCCUCACAGAUGAAGGGCCAGGUUUUCUGCUACAGCUCCAGGAACGUCUCCAAGAGAAGCUGCUGCUUCACCGACUUCUGCAACAACGAGACUCUGCAUCUGCACUCAAAGACACCUUUAGAAGAACCAGGCUGGAGCAGGCUUCAGCUCAGCGUUGUGAUCCUGGUGCCAUCCUGCCUGCUGUGUGUAGGGAUCCUGCUGGGCGUGUGCCUCGUGCAGGGACACCGUUGUGCCUACGGCCGAGCCUACAAGCAAGACCCAGAGGAUCCUCUGGACAACCAGAUCCUGAUGUCUCCUGACACAUGCCUCAAAGAUCUGAUCUAUGACAUGAGCACCUCUGGCUCUGGAUCAGGACUUCCACUGCUGGUCCAGAGAACCAUAGCUCGAACCAUCGUCCUGCAGGAGACCAUCGGAAAAGGUCGGUUUGGUGAGGUGUGGCGCGGCAAGUGGCGAGGAGAGGACGUGGCCGUGAAGAUCUUCUCCUCCCGGGACGAGCGGUCGUGGUUCCGGGAAGCAGAGAUUUAUCAGACCAUCAUGCUCCGGCAUGAGAACAUCCUGGGAUUCAUUGCUGCUGAUAACAAAGAUAAUGGCUCGUGGACUCAGCUCUGGUUGGUGUCAGAGUACCACGAGCACGGCUCUCUGUACGAUUACCUGAACAGAUACACGGUUUCUGUGGAGGGCAUGGUGGUUCUGGCUUUGUCUAUAGCCAGUGGACUGGCACACCUCCACAUGGAAAUCAUUGGUACACAAGGGAAGCCUGCGAUCGCUCACAGAGAUCUAAAGUCUAAAAAUGUCCUGGUGAAGAAGAACGGGACGGCGGUCAUCGCAGACCUGGGUUUGGCCGUUAAACACAACUCCUGCACGAACACCAUCGACAUACCAUUCAACCACAGAGUGGGAACCAAGAGGUACAUGGCUCCAGAGAUCCUGGAUGAGUCGAUUAAUAUGAACAACUUUGAGUCGUUCAAGAGGGCAGACAUUUAUUCUCUGGGCCUGGUGUUCUGGGAACUGUCCAGAAGAUGCUCUGUGAGAGGACUUCAUGAAGACUUUCAGCUGCCUUAUUACGACAUGGUGCCUUCAGAUCCGUCCAUCGAGGACAUGAAGAAGGUGGUGUGUGAUCAGAAACUUAGACCCAACGUUCCCAACCAGUGGCAGAGCUGCGAGGCUCUGCGUGUGAUGGGAAAACUGAUGAGGGAGUGCUGGUACUCCAACUCCGCGGCACGACUCACUGCCCUGCGAGUCAAGAAGACCGUGUCUCAGCUCUCUGUCACCAAGGACGUCAAAGACUAGUUUUAUCAGUCGUUCCAGAGAUCUGCACUGGUGCGGUGUGAGGAACUUGAAGGCCUGAAGCUGGACCCAAGCACAUCCUCACAGAGUCUGCUUGGGUUGUUUUUGGUGCCAAAGCACUGAGGGAAAUAUGUGUGUGAAGAUAUUUACACAAAAACAUUCAGGAGACUGACUUUUAAAAAAAAAAAUUCCA